CACACACACACACACACGGUCAUGCAGAGAGAAAGCAAAGGGGAGGGAGAGAGAAAGAGAGAGAGAGGUAGAGCGCCACACACAACGAGGGAACCCCAUCAGCUGGAAGUCGAGUAACAUUACAACUCUCGGCAGCCUGAAACUACAUUACACAGACGAGGGGUUGAUAUCUUCUCUGGGGGUUUAACCCGCGUUGGAUAACGGGAUUUCUGCUCUCCAACGUCAUCAUUUCUCUUUUAUUCUACGGGGACUGUUUGCUGUUUUUGUGUGUGUGUGUGUUUUAAGGGGGGGGGGGACCAAACUGGCGACAGGCGAGCAUGGAGUAUUUCAUGGUACCAGCUCAGAAGGUGCCCUCCUUGCAACAUUUCAGGAAAACGGAGAAAGAAGUAAUCGGAGGUCUUUGCAGUCUGGCCAACAUUCCUCUGACCCCAGAAACAGCCCGGGACCAAGAGAGGCGAAUUCGCAGAGAGAUUGCCAACAGCAACGAGCGUCGGCGUAUGCAGAGCAUCAAUGCUGGAUUCCAGUCACUUAAAACACUCAUCCCACACAGCGAUGGAGAGAAGCUCAGUAAGGCUGCCAUCCUGCAACAGACAGCGGAGUACAUUUUCACUUUGGAGCAGGAGAAGACGCGGCUAUUGCAGCAGAACAGUCAGCUCAAACGAAUCAUACAAGAGUUAAGUGGCUCCUCCCCAAAGAGGAGGCGUGCGGAGGAGAAAGACGAAGGGAUUGGCUCGCCAGACAUCCUGGAAGAGGAGAAGACCGAGGACUUGAGGAGGGAGAUGAUUGAGCUGAGGCAGCAGCUGGAGAAAGAGCGCUCGGUCAGGAUGAUGCUGGAAGAUCAGAUGCGUUCGCUGGACGCCCAGAUGUACCCAGAGAAACUGAAGGCGAUCGCCCAGCAGGUCCAGGAUCAGCAGGCCCAAACACAGAGCCUUGUUCAUCUGCAGCAGCACAAGCAGCUGGAGAGGGACCUCACUCCAGCCCACAGCCCACAGGUUUUGGCCCCAGCUACCCCCCCUGCCCCGACACACCACGCCACAGUCAUCGUCCCUGCACCUGUCCAGCCUCCCCUGCCCCAUCAUGUCACCGUGGUAACCAUGGGCCCGGCAUCCGUAAUCAAUACAGUGUCCACAUCUCGACAGAACCUGGACACCAUAGUUCAAGCAAUCCAGCACAUCGAGGGCACCCAGGGGAAGGGCUGCGCUGGCGAGGAAGAGCAGCGGAGGGCGGUCAUAGUCACUUCAGGCCGCGUGCUCUCCGACGCGGCGGGCUCAGACACGGCCUCAAACAGCGACGGGCCCGACGACUGCUCGCUGCCCUGAGUUCACCCCGUGACGCCUCACAUGCCACACCCUCACACACGCACACACACACACACACGCACACACACACACACACUUACACACUCACAAAAGGCCCAAGCAGACGAGGGCGACAGGAGGCGACAAACCUACAGCACUCAUGUUCAGUGGACAUUAACAGGGCUGGUAGACAGAUUGAAGCACUCGUUUUUUUUUUGGUUUUUUUUUGGUUUGUUUUCUCUUCUUUUCAGUACACACUCUUACAUGUUGUACCGUAGGCAGCCCGAAUAGGUUUACACUUAGACACUCGUACAUGCAGUCUCUUCUGCGUCUUUUCUUCGCUUAUCUCUAGCCCCCUGCGCUCUCCCCCGCUCGCACAUGCGAACCCACGUCUGUUCUUUAAAUCGAUAGAAAAGGCCAUCAGAGCGGCCACCUCACUGAUGUAUAAACGCUCAGUCAUACUGGAUACUAGAGUUGCGAAUGUCUGCUAAACGUCACCAUUGAUCACCGGGACUGUUCUCUUUGUUUGCCCCUGAAGCCAUGUGACUGAUCCACAAAACAGGAGGCAAAGUCGGCGAAGAGCCCAGCGGCACGGCGUCAUCGCAGCGCCGGAGCAUUUGCCGUUUAAGACAAACAUCCUUUAAACCUCCUCUGAGCUGUUUGGAUAGACACUGUGAGACUGCCUCCAAGUUCCAUCUGUUGGGCAUCUGGUAUGAAAGGAUAUGUCGUCUUAGUCCUGUGAGGCCGACUUUUUCAUGUUUUUGUUUCUUUGACUCCUCUCAGCCAGCAAGUUAAAGUGAUUGUACUGGAAAAAAAAAAAGCUGUUUUCAUGGCUGACUGAUGCUCACAGGAAAUGAAGCAAAGCUCAAGGGGAGAGAGUGCGCUAACCGGUUCACAACCCUGUUCUCUUUAUUUUUGUUUGUUUGUUUGUUGCCAGUUUUACUGGGCUGGGUUCCCAGUAAUCCCACAUAUGUAUUUGGCAUGUUCUACUUUUACUCACGGCCUGACAAAAGAAAAAAAACAAAAGGAAAAUAAGUGCUUUCUUGACACCCUCCCCUCUUGAAUAUAAAAGCACCUGGCUUGUUAAAUAAGCUAAUCUGUGGGCACUCUUGAGUGGUUUCCACUCUGUGUAUAUGUGUGUGUGUGUGUGUCCCUUUUUAACGUUCUGAAUCAGCAGGGCUCGGUGGUGUCCCGGACUCUGGCAGUCCACAGCAGCACCACUCUUGCCUUGCAGCUGAGGCACACGUGUAUGUGCACACAGCGCUCACACAUACAAACACGACUGAAAUACAAUCGCUUGUUCGCUCAAUCUUAAGGACUGGUUUUAUUUAGCCCUUAACGGUGUAGUUUCCUGUCCAAAUAUUGGGACACCUAUCAAAGCAGCGUAUUCUACUUUAACUGCAAGGAAAAUGCCCAGUGGAAUUGUUCGAAUGUGCCAUGGAGGUGACUGGGUCGACACAUGCUCUAUGCAUUUUCCUUACACGCAUCAUUUGUCUUUUCGUGCGCUUUUUGUCCGGCGCGCCGCGGCAGUUACAUGUUUCUUUACUUUGGUUGCUUUUUUACGCCUGGAACCGUUGGUUGGCAGACAGACAUUAAGACAUGUCGUUGAGAGAGGCAGCAGCUCGCCUUACUAUAACCCGUGGGUGCAGGGAGGCACUGUGAAGCCAGCCUUAACGCAGCCCUGGGGUCUGAGAGACGUACCUGAACACUUGAUCUGGGCCGUUUGUUGGCCGCUGGAAUCCUUUACAGACUUGUUAACACCCGGGGUGUGUUAGAAUCUAUAUUCCCAGUUAUUUUGUUUCUUAUGUAUGUUUUCUUAUGUUUGGCCUCUAAAAUUAACAGGUUGCUAGUAUGCAGCACUGUUACAGUCAAGCACUCCUGCUUUCCCCACCCCCCAUAAGAUUUACAUGUAGAUUUUUUAACCGUUUUGGCCCCUUCGCGUGCACUAUUAAAGCCAGAUGUGUGUGGGGGAAAAAAUCCCCAAUGAAAUGUUGACAUUCCAUAAAAAUUGUACUUUUUUUCUUUCAUCAGGUUGCUUUUCCAAAUUUGAGCCUGGAAUAUUUAGAGAUCGCAGUCGCAUUUAGGGCUCUCGACACCUUUUAGUGACAGACUCAUCGCUAGAAUCCCCCUGCAUCGAUGCAUAGAUGGAGCUUUGAACUGCUGGACAGAUAAAGUGUUCAAUCGAACACACCUCAUCUAUCAUGAUUCAUGUCAUGGAACUGCCCUUUAAAGAAAAAAAAAACUAUUGAUGUCUGCUGCACUGAAAAGAGUGACGCGUCUGUCAAAUCAAAUCAUUCCCAGUAUGUAUCACUAUAGGACGGGGACUCCUGGAUAUCAAAAGCUUGAUUUGCUUUUUCCUCUCGAGUAUCUGCAUUUGAUAGUUUUCUGCUGAAGCCCAGGGCUGUUUUGUUUCCGCCUGUGUUUGACGCUCUGUUCUGUGUGUUAGGAAACGUUACGUGAACAUAUCAGAUUGUCGGACGAGUGGGUUGGGCCUGGGGAUCAUCAAAUGGGGUCAAGAUUACCAAGCACUUACUGUAAUAUACCGGAGUCCGCCUCUCUUCUUUUGUAUGAAGGGGCAUCUCCUCAGCUGAAGCUGUAGAGGUUAUGAGUAAAAACCGCACAGCUGUGUAUCCCCCUUUUCCCCCCGUGUCCGGUCCUACAUCUUGUCCUGUUUGCCCCUUUUUUCAUCUUUUUUUGCUGUCUUUGUUUAUCUAAUGUCAGUAUCUCUCAUCUCCCUUCACAUUUCGCAGCUGUCUUCUCUCUCUCCUUUUGUCUGUUCUCUGUAUAUCUUUUUUUUUUUGUUAGACCUGUCAGUGCAUAUGGUCGUCAAGAAGCUAUUUUUUUUUUGUUUUUUGUUUUUUAAGAGAAAUGUUUUGGGAAUAAAGAGGCUUGUGCCUUUGUAAA